UUGGUAGGUCAUGCCUGCUCCUCCACCCGGACAGUUGUUCCAAUGGCUGUAGCCUCCAGGGCUGAGUGCGGAGAUCAGUGGACUCUGUUACGCCGUACAUCAGCCUUUUUCCCGUGUGCAACUUACUUCUGUAACCUUCCUUUCCUCAUAGUCCUCCUAAAGAUACAGCCUGAGGAAUAUUCUCACGCUCAAUCUCACAUCCGUCGCUCCCGUCUCCAUUCCUUCUUGCAUCGUCUGUGUCUCAGUUGUGCCUGGAAACGAGAUGUCUACGUUGAAGGAGCUGUGUGCGGGGUUACCCCUGAACCCUCUGCCCGUCAACAGAGGUCGAGACCCCAAAGUCCCUCAUGCUCCAGUCCGCACUCCUGCUCUUUCGCCACAAGAGGAGAAGCUGGCCCUCAGAAAUGCACUGCGCUACUUCCCUCCUUCACUCCACGCCACCCUUGCCGCAGAGUUUGCCCAGGAGCUGCGCCAGUAUGGCCACAUUUACAUGUACCGCUUUUGCCCCCCCAUCAGCAUGAGGGCAUACCCCAUUGAUCAGUACCCCUGUCGCAUGAGGCAGGCAGCUGCCAUCAUGCACAUGAUCAUGAACAACUUGGAUCCUGCAGUGGCACAGUUUCCUCAGGAGCUGGUGACCUAUGGGGGCAAUGGGCAGGUAUUCAGCAAUUGGGCCCAGUUCUGGCUUGUGCUGCACUACCUUAGUGAGAUGUCAGAGGAACAGACCCUAGUACUCUACAGUGGACAUCCACUGGGCCUGUUCCCCAGCACCCCCUCCUCACCCCGUGCUGUCAUCACCAAUGGCAUGGUCAUCCCUAAUUACUCUUCCAGAGAUGAAUAUGAAAAAAUGUUUGCUCUAGGAAAUACAAUGUAUGGCCAGAUGACAGCAGGAAGCUAUUGCUACAUCGGGCCUCAGGGGAUUGUUCACGGCACCACACUGACGAUCUUGAAUGCUGGUCGCCGAUACCUUGGCUCCGGGGACCUGCGUGGAAAAGUGUUUGUGACGUCUGGCCUGGGAGGGAUGAGCGGAGCACAGGCCAAGGCUUCCGUCAUUGCUGGCUGCGUGGGAGUCAUUGCUGAGGUGGAUGAAGCUCCUUUGAAAAAGAGACAUGCACAGGGCUGGCUUAUGGAAGUCACAAGUGAUCUGGAUCGCUGUAUCAGUCGCAUCAGGGAAGCCAAGAGGUGCAAGAUUCCACUCAGUUUGGGUUAUCACGGUAACGUUGUUGAUCUCUGGGAGAGACUAGUGAAAGAGUAUGAGGCCACCGGGGACUUGCUGGCAGACCUGGGAUCGGACCAGACUUCCCUCCACAACCCCUUCAGUGGAGGGUACUACCCAGCACAACUCGCACUGCACCAAGCGAACCGGCUCAUGUCCGCUGAUCCGAUCCGUUUUCGCUCCAUUGUGCAGGACAGUCUACGCAGGCAGGUGAGAGCUAUCAACAAGCUGGCUGAGGCUGGGAUGUUCUUCUGGGAUUAUGGCAAUGCUUUUCUCCUGGAGGCCCAGAGAGCAGGUGCGGAGGUGAAUAAGGGCGGUGCUGGGAAGACGGAGUUCCGAUACCCCUCAUACGUUCAGCACAUCAUGGGGGAUAUUUUCUCCCUGGGUUUUGGCCCCUUCCGCUGGGUCUGUACAUCUGGCGACCCACAUGAUUUGGCAGAAACUGAUGACAUCGCUACCACUGUGUUGGAGGACAUCAGUACUUCAGUCUCUGAGAGCGUAAGACAGCAGUACAAUGACAACAUCUGCUGGAUACGCCAAGCAGGGAAGCACGACAUGGUGGUGGGUUCUCAGGCUAGGAUCCUCUAUUCAGAUCAGAAAGGACGUGUUUCCAUUGCCUUGGCCAUCAACAGAGCGAUUGCAGAAGGAAGGGUCUCGGCCCCUGUAGUCAUCAGCAGGGAUCACCAUGAUGUCAGUGGAACAGACAGCCCCUUCAGAGAGACGUCCAAUGUUUAUGACGGUUCAGCCUUCUGUGCGGACAUGGCGGUGCAGAACUUUGUGGGAGAUGCCUUUCGGGGGGCCACCUGGGUGGCUCUGCACAAUGGAGGAGGGGUGGGCUGGGGCGAGGUCAUAAACGGAGGAUUUGGGCUGGUUCUGGAUGGGUCCGAGGAAGCAGGCCGUCGUGCCCGGAUGAUGCUUAACUGGGAUGUCUCCAAUGGGGUGGCAAGGCGCUGCUGGUCUGGCAACAAGAAUGCCUACGACACCAUCCAGCGUACCAUGGAGGAGCAGAGCCAGCUGCGGGUCACCAUGCCAUUCCACGUGCAGGAUGAACAACUGCUGGAUGGAGCUUUGCAGGGCUAAAUCACAUCACAUCACACUAAUUAUGUGGACCUUCUCACUACUUUAUUAUCUGCAACAGCAUGACUGUGUAUUCAGUACUGGUACACCUGCAAGGGGUAGUUAGAACGCAUAAUCAUCGGAAGCAUUUUACGAGGAAAAAGUAUCAAUUUAAGCCAGAUGUGAUGGUAA